GAGACUUUGCGACGUGUUGCAACCGGGGUGAAAUCUCGUGAGCUGUCUGAGGCCAAACCGACAGGGAAACAAAUAGCGUGGAGAUUUUUUAAAAAGGUAUAAUUAGACAGACGGUGACUCGGCGCAACGUUGCGCAAAAGAAAGCCCAGUUGGCUCUCGAUUGGUUGAAGCUAUCUUACGUCGAGAAACGUUUGGUUUAGCGUCACUUCUCGUAACUUGGGGAAAGUUUAGCAGCACGGUUCGGAGUCUCCAACCCGCGAGCAGAAAGUCGCGUCGGCGGUCGGCGGUUGGUUCUGCAGGAAUGUCGCAGAAAGAAAGACCCAAGUUCUAUCGGGAGGAGCUCAACAAGACGAUAUGGGAAGUCCCGGAGCGCUACCGAAACCUUUCCCCGGUGGGCUCCGGUGCCUACGGAUCCGUGUGUUCUGCAUUUGACCUUAAGAUUGGUAUGGAGGUAGCUGUGAAGAAACUCUCUCGGCCAUUUCAAUCCAUCAUCCAUGCCAAGAGAACGUACAGAGAGCUGCGGUUGCUGGAGCACAUGAAACAUGAAAAUGUGAUUGGCCUCCUAGAUGUCUUCACCCCCGCUACUAGUCUGAACGAAUUCACUGAUGUGUAUCUCGUGACUCACCUAAUGGGGGCAGAUCUCAACAACAUAGUGAAAUGUCAGAAACUCACCGAUGACCAUGUCCAGUUCCUCAUAUACCAGAUCCUCAGAGGGUUAAAGUAUAUCCACUCAGCAGACAUUAUUCACAGAGAUUUGAAACCGAGUAAUCUGGCGGUGAAUGAGGACUGCGAGCUGAGGAUUCUGGACUUCGGCUUGGCGCGGCACACGGAUGACGAGAUGACCGGCUACGUGGCCACUCGCUGGUACCGCGCCCCGGAGAUCAUGCUGAACUGGAUGCAUUACAACAUGACGGUUGAUAUUUGGUCAGUUGGCUGUAUAAUGGCAGAACUUCUGACUGGAAAAACUCUGUUUCCUGGAACUGACCAUAUAAACCAGCUUCAGCAGAUAAUGCGUCUAACGGGAACGCCCCCAGCGUCUCUAAUAAACAGGAUGCCCAGCCACGAGGCCAGGAACUACAUCAGUUCCUUGCCAAAUAUGCCCAAGAGGAACUUUGCUAGUGUCUUCAUUGGUGCCAACCCACAAGCUGUGGACCUUCUGGAGAAAAUGCUGGUUCUGGAUACAGACAAGCGGAUAACGGCGUCCGAGGCUCUGGCUCACCCGUACUUCGCCCAGUACCACGACCCCGACGACGAGCCGGAGGCGGAGCCGUACGACCAGAGCUUCGAGAGCCGCGAGCUGGAGAUUGAAGAGUGGAAACGAUUAACCUACGCGGCGUUGUGUAGCUUUGAGCCACCAACCUUUGACGAUGACGGCAUGGCGUAAGCGCACAACGACUGCAGCAUCCGACAAUACCUAACGAUCCCAAACACGUUCAUUAGUGCAGUUAUUAUUCUUAUUCAUGAACCACUAAUGUUGAUGAACUGUUGCAGGGAAAUGUCUGUUCUUGCCAAUAGCUGAAAUCAUUUUAUAUUCUUUUGAUUCUGUUUUUAAAAACGUAGACGUUGAUGCCUUGUCAUUGUGACACUGAGAUGCUGGAACACCUGGCCCUUGUUUUUAAAUGUACUAUUGAAUAACUUCAAGCGUCUGUGGCCAUCAAUUUAAUGAGGAAAAUGCUGGUCUACCACUCUCCCUGCCAGGCUGUCGCAAACAGCACCGAGUCACAUGAAUUUGUAAAAUAAUUUAGUUGUCAUAAUGCUUCUUGUAUUUAAAGUGAGUCGAUUUGCUGUUUUGGGGUAUUUGAUCAUUAGAGAAUGUGCUUACUCUGUGUAGUCACUGACCUUCAGUGAUCACUGAUGGAAUUUCACACAUUUUAAGGUCUAUUUUGAUAGUUUAGAUGCUCUGUGAGACUCUUUUUGGCUAUAGGGGAAAAUCUGAGCCUCUACUUUUUAAGGACAGUCCUACUCAACAACAGCAAAAUAUUCAUGGGUACAUGGUCUACUCAAAAUUAUGUAAAUAUCUGUGUGCUAUUUUUUAAAUCUCUUGAUUUAUCUGUUUGUUAUGAAGCAAUCACUUUUAUUAUGUACAUCAUCGUUGUGUGCGUUUCCGAGAGUUUGUUUAGGAUUUACAGGAAUUUUAAGUGUCAUGCUAAAACCUCUGAUAGAAAUACUGCUUAAAUGUGUAAAAGAGGGGUGUCCGAUGUAUUUAUACAUAUUUAUGAACAGCAAUCGAAAGAUCCCGGAAACUAUUUUCAGUCCAGCAGAGUAACUUUUAUCUCAGUCCUUUGUUUAACGAAUAAAGACUUAUUUUUAAGAGA